UCCUCCUCGCCCCUGCGCCUGUUAUCGCCGAGAAGCACCGGACAACCACAGCGGGACACCGCGACCACAGAAGGCCAAGCAUUAGGGCCGCAGGGCCGGGAGGAGCGGGACGGAACCGCCGCUGACCCCGGAGGCGACAUGACUGCGGAGUAGCGAGCAAAAGGACGCCGCUGCGCCUGCUGGUGAGCCGGAGGAGGAGGAGGAUGGUGGUGAAUGGUGGAUGGUCUGAUGGAGGUGCAGCUGCAGGUGGAGCGGCUCCUCGAGCCUUCGCCGCGGCAGCAGAGCCGCUGAACGCACCUGGAGCUGGACAAAAUAAUGUGAACACUUUGCAGCUCCCUGGCCUUCGUCGUUAACAUCAUCAUUUAUGAUUAUGAUGACGGGAUCCAGUCACGUGGCUCUGGCCUGACCGACGCUACCUUCUCUUCCAGCGGCCCACAGACACAAUGUCCGGGCCGGCUGGACCGGCACUGGCCGCGGCGCCCGGGCUUGGGCCGGAGCUGCCGGACCUGAGCCACCUGACGGAGGAGGAGCGCAGCAUCAUUCUGUCGGUGAUGGAGAGGCAGAAGGAGGAGGAGACGAAGGAAAAGAGCAUGCUCAAGGAGCAGGAGGAAGUGAAACCUCCCUCGUCCUCGUGGAAUCCAUUCUCAGGGUUCAGUCAGUUGGUCAGUAACGUUGCCACCAACGUGUCCGAAGUUCUGCAGGUUAAAAGUCCAACAGACAACGAGCUGCAGAUGAAGUUACAUCAGCAGUUUGAGAUGUAUAAAGACCACAUGAAGAAGCUGGGUGAGGAGUCUCCAGAGGCUCAGACAGCACGGGCGGAGUCUCCAACCUGCGGGAUCUGUCGCAAGACCAAGUUUGCCGAUGGCUGUGGCCGAGCAUGCUGCUACUGCCAGAGUCGUUUCUGCGGCCGCUGUGGGGGGCGUGUCUCCUUGAGAGCCAAUAAG